UGGGUGGCUCAGCCAGUCCGGGCCAAGUCCUGCCAGUCCCGCCAUGGGGCCGCUGUGCAGGCCGCUGCUGCUCGGCCUGCUGCUGCUGCUGCUGCUCCUGCAGCCACGAGCUGCCCGGCCCGCCGGCCCCAUCCGGGCCUUCGUGGUGCCCCACAGCCACAUGGACGUGGGCUGGAUCUACACGGUGGAGGAGAGCAUGCGGGCCUACGCAGCCAAUGUCUACACCUCGGUGGUGGCAGAGCUGGCCCGCGGAAAGCAACGCCGCUUCAUCGCAGUGGAGCAGGAGUUCUUCCGGCUGUGGUGGGACAGGGUGGCCUCUGAGCAGCAGAAACGCCAGGUUCACCAGCUCCUGGAUGAAGGUCGCCUGGAGUUUGUUCUCGGAGGCCAGGUCAUGCACGAUGAAGCCGUGACCCACCUGGAUGAUGAGAUCCUACAGCUUACAGAAGGACACGGCUUCCUCUACGAAACAUUUGGAACCCGGCCACAGUUCUCCUGGCAUGUGGACCCGUUCGGUGCAUCAGCCACAACCCCCACCCUGUUUGCCCUGGCAGGCUUCAAUGCCCAUCUCAUCUCCCGGAUCGACUACAACCUCAAGGACGCCAUGCAAGAGACCCAGGGGCUGCAGUUUGUAUGGCGUGGGUCCCCGUCCCUGUCAGAGCAGCAAGAGAUCUUCACACACGUCAUGGACCAGUACAGCUACUGCACCCCCUCCCACAUCCCCUUCUCCAACAGGUCCGGAUUCUAUUGGAACGGUAUAGCCGUCUUCCCACAGCCGCCCCCAGAUGGCGUGUAUCCCAACAUGAGUGAGCCCGUCACCCCAGCCAACGUACACCUCUAUGCCGAGGCUCUGGUGGCCAACGUGAAGCAGAGGGCUGCAUGGUUCCAGACUCCUCACGUCCUCUGGCCCUGGGGGUGUGACAAGCAGUUCUUCAAUGCCUCAGUGCAGUUUGCCAACAUGGACCCCCUGCUGGACUACAUCAACAGCCACUCCUCCCAGUUCGGUGUCUUGGUGCAGUAUGCCACGCUGGACGAUUACUUCCGUGCCCUGCACUCCCUCAACAUAACCUGGCACGUCCGUGACCACCACGACUUCCUGCCGUAUUCCUCAGAACCACAGCAGGCCUGGACAGGUUUCUAUUCAUCCCGAAGCAUGCUCAAGGGGCUAGCACGGCGAGCCAGCGCCCUACUGUAUGCUGGGGAGUCCAUGUUCACACGCUACAUGUGGCCGGCCUCCCACGGGACUCUGGACCCUGUCUGGGCCCUGCAGCAGCUCCAGCACCUCCGCUGGGCCGUGUCUGAGGUCCAACACCACGAUGCCAUCACCGGCACUGAGUCCCCCAAGGUGAACAACAUGUACAUGGAUCAUCUGGUCACAGGGGUGCUGGGUGUGCGCAAGCUGAUGGCCUCCAUCAUCCUGGACAGGCGCCCGGCAGCCAGCGCAGACACAGGACCUACAGGAUACUUUGCUUCAGUGUACAACCCUCUGGCUUGGACAGUCACCACCAUCGUCACCUUGACUAUUGGCUUCCCCAGAGUCAGUGUCACAGAUGAGAUGGGCCACCAUGUACCCGCACAGAUCCAGAACUCCACCAAGCACCCCUCUGCCUACGACCUGCUUAUCCUGAGCACCAUUCCAGGCCUCAGUUACCGGUAUUACAGUGUCAGGCACACCCAGGGGGACCAGGCAGGCACCAGGGAAAUGGUCACCCCAGUGGCCAGCACCCUCAAGUUUGGACGCAGGCUGAGGAACCAGACCAGCCAGGAAGGCAAGCGCCUGGUGCCCGUGGUAAAUGACUGCUAUACUGUGCUGUUAGACCAGGACACCAACCUGAUGCACAGCGUCCAGGACAGACAGAGUAACCGCACAGUGCACAUGACCCAGGAGUUCCUGGAGUACCACGCCAACGGGGACGUGAAGCAGGGACCUAUUUCUGACAACUACCUGUUCGCACCCAACCAGACUGCUGAGCCUGCCUGGGAAGCCGUGGAAAUGGAGAUGGUGGUGGGAACGUUGGCAACAGAGAUCCGGCAGUACUUUUACAGGAACACGACAGACCAGAGUUAUACCUAUGCAGUCUAUUCUCGGCUCGCUCACGUGCCUGCUGGGGAACUGCUCUGCCAACGGAUAGAGCAAGAAUACAGAGUGGGCCCCUUGGAGCUGAACCGCGAGGCCAUCCUGAGGACCAGCAGUGACCUUAACAACCAUCAAGUUCUCUACUCAGACAACAAUGGCUACCAGAUGCAGCGUAGGCCCUACCAGAUCUUCAAGAACAACACCAUCGCCCGGAAUUACUACCCCAUGGUGCAGUCGGCCUUCAUUGAGGAUGACAGAAGCAGGCUGGUGCUGCUGACGGAGCGGGCACAUGGCGUCUCCAGCCAAGGGAAUGGACAGGUGGAGGUGAUGCUCCAUCGGCGGCUGUGGAACAACUUGGCCUGGGACCUAAACUGCAACCUUACACUAAACGACACCUCUGUUGUCCACCCUGUGCUCUGGCUUCUGCUGGGUCCUAGAUCCGUCACUACCAGCCUACACCCAAGGAAUGGGCUGGCACUGCAGCACAGGCCCGUCGUGUUGUUCGGAGAACUGGCCCAUGAAGAGACUCCUAUUCAGAGACCCCCAGAGCCCCCAGCUGUGACACUACCCCCAAACCUGCACCUGCAGAUCCUCAGCAUUCCUGGCUGGAACUACAGCACGAGCCAUGCCCGGCACCUGCGCAGCCUUCGGACAGGCAACGGAAGGAAGGCCCAGGCAGACCUGCGCCGAGUCCUGCUGAGGCUCCACCACCUGUAUGAGGCAGGGGAGGACCCAGUCCUGUCUCAGCCUGCGACAGUGGAUCUCAAGGCUGUGCUGCAAGGGCUGGGGUCCGUGGUGGCUGUGGAGGAGCGCUCACUCACUGGGACCUGGGACAUGCACACACUGCAGCGCUGGCACUGGAGAACAGAGACUGGUCACUCGAGAGGUCAGACCACCUCCCCACCACAGCCACCAGGAGGCGCCACCAUCACUGUGCACCCCAAGGAAAUCCGGACAUUCUUCAUUCACUUCCGGCAGCCAUGAACACUGGACCUUGGAACUGGAAGAAACCGAGGGACCCACAGUGAGACGAGGGACCUAGAAUGAGACGCUAGCUCAGGAAAUGGCCGUGGGGGGGGUUCAAUUCUUAAAUUCUUUCAAAUAAAAAAUCAAAGUCUGUGUUCUUUCUU